UCAGCUUCACUCCAACAGUCUCCAUUGGAUUCAACCAUGAAACCUUUCUCCCUUAUUCUGCUUCUUCUGUUUAACCUCUUCUCGCCAUUUGUGAUAACCAGUUUAGAUUUUAACGCUUUAGUCUUCAAGAAUUGCUCCAGCCAAAAAAUCACAAACUCAGCUGAUGAAGAUGCUAACUCACAAACACUUUCUUCUCUUUUUCAACAACUGGUGUCUCACUCUUCUAACUCCAAGUUCUUUAGAGCCACUGCAGGCGGUGAUUGGGAAAAUAACAACAAUGGCAUCGGCAUCUCUGGUCUCUUUCAGUGCAGAAGAGAUUUAACCAACCAGGACUGCUUCAGCUGUGUGAAUUCCCUCCCGGAAUUAUCAAACACUUUGUGCAACAAAGCUGCAGUGGCGAGGAUUCAGCUUCAUGGUUGUUACUUCCAUUACCAGACUGAUGAGUUUAGCAUUCAAGAUACUUCAAAAUUCGAGGUUAUUCAAAAGGUUUGCGGCGAAAAGGCAGAAGAUGAAGGAUUUGAAGACUUGAGAGAUGAGGCCUUUGCGAAAAUGGAGAAUGGGAUAAUGGAUGGAAGAGGGUUUUACUCAGGAAGCCAUGAGCAUGUGCAGGUGAUGGCGCAAUGCGAAGAAGAUAUAGUGGAAGGCUGUCAAUGUGGUGAAUGUAUAAGUGAUGCUGUGCAGAUUGCUCGCCAAGAAUGUGACAACACAAUUUCAGGCCAAGUUUAUUUGGACAGAUGCUUAAUUAGCUAUGAUUUCGUUCCAAAUGAGAAGCCAGGCAACUCAAACAAAGGGCGAGGGGGAGGGAGCAUCAUUACAGGAAAAUCAGUGGCAAUUGUAUUGGGAGGAGCAGCGGCUUUGGCUUUAGGCUUCAUCUUCCUGAGGCAUGUCAAGUCACAUGGAAAGAAAGAUGAUAUAUGAUUUUCAGGGCUGUGACAUUGAUCAUCUCUUCUCUGGUGGGUGAAUAUUGGUGUCCGACAUUUUUCACUCUUACAAGAAAUCAUGUGUUGCGUAUUGGUGAAGGCAAAGUGGAUUUGUUGGCCAAAGAAAUUGCAUAAGAAUAUUGAUUUAUACAAAGUGAACACAUUACUCUAUUUUUCUGGCCUACAAUGUUUUUAAUUUA